AUGUUUAUGGAUGAUCGCAAGGACAAGGACGGUUUGAGUGUUGAUGAGCCACAAGUCAGUAGGGAUGAAGAAAGCGGCGGUUCUGAUGCGCAUUUCUCUUACCACGAGGGCAGGAAGAUCUUUGAGAACAGUUCGAAGCAUGUCGCUGUCGACCAAGAGGAUCUGAGUUCGUCGGGGUUCUUGCCGCAACCACACCACCCUACUAUGAUGGGUGCCAACGGUAAUGGCCAAGGCCAAGGUAAAAAGAACAGGACUCUGUCUUCUAAUGCAAGGCACACUUUGCCAGAUGCGCCAUUGAGCAAAGCUGAGAUCGUUAACAAGAUCACAGACGACUCUGUCAGGGAUAAGACCCCCUUGUACAAGAUGGGGAUGCUGUCCGAUGACGCCUCGCAACAAAUCCUCGAGGAUCCAUCCCCAGAACUGGUUGAUCUGUACACUAAAGUUCAAGAAUGCCGUGAUUUGAGAACCAAAUACCAAUCAUUGUCUUUGCAAUACAACAGCCAAAACCCUAAGAACUCUCAAGAUUGGGAGAUAUACCCUCCACCACCAAAGCCCUCUUACAACGCUGAGACUAAGACUGUCAUUGCUGUUACCAACAAGCCAGACGCAGAGGUAUUUGAUUUCAACGAAUGCGAAAUCCCUGGUGAAGAUACAGAGUGGGACUUCGGUACCAACGAUGACGACUCCUACUACGUUCACAAACCUGGCAAAGAAGAUGAGAUUCUUGCUAAUAUUCCAUCUUUGCGUGACUACUACAAGGAUCUUGAGAAAAUGGUAGGCAUCUCUUCUGAUGGUCCAGCAAAGUCAUUUGCUUUCAGAAGAUUGCAAUACUUAGAAGCUAGAUGGAACCUAUACUAUCUGUUGAAUGAGUACCAAGAAACCAGUGUCUCCAAGAGAAAUCCUCAUAGAGAUUUUUACAAUGUCAGAAAAGUGGACACUCACGUUCACCACUCAGCAUGUAUGAAUCAAAAGCAUUUGCUGCGUUUUAUCAAGUACAAGUUAAGACAUUGUAAGGACGAAAAAGUUAUCUUCAGAGAUGGUAAAGUAUUGACCUUGGACGAAGUGUUCCGUUCUUUGAACUUAUCAGGUUACGAUCUAUCGAUUGAUACCCUAGAUAUGCACGCACACAAGGACACCUUCCAUAGAUUCGACAAAUUCAACUUGAAAUAUAACCCAAUCGGAGAAUCGCGUCUAAGAGAAAUUUUCUUGAAAACUAACAACUAUAUCAAUGGUUCUUAUCUGGCAGAGAUUACUCAACAAGUACUCUCCGAUCUAGAAAACUCAAAAUACCAAAACUGUGAAUAUAGAAUCUCUGUGUAUGGUAGAUCCCUUGACGAAUGGGACAAGUUGGCAUCGUGGGUGAUUGAUAAUAAGGUCAUCUCUCACAAUGUCCGUUGGUUGAUCCAAAUUCCACGUCUAUACGACAUCUACAAGAAGACCGAUACUGUGAAGACUUUCCAAGAUAUCUGCACAAACAUCUUUCAACCAUUAUUUGAAGUUACCAAGAAUCCAAAAUCUCAUCCAAAGCUUCACGUAUUCUUGCAAAGAGUUAUCGGAUUUGAUUCUGUUGACGAUGAGUCCAAAGUUGAUCGUCGUUUCCACAGAAAGUAUCCAAAGCCCUCUCUAUGGGACUCUCCACAAAAUCCACCAUAUUCUUACUACUUAUACUACCUAUAUUCUAACAUGGCCUCUUUGAACCAAUGGAGAGCCAAGAGAGGAUUUAACACUUUAGUUUUAAGACCACAUUGUGGUGAAGCUGGUGAUCCUGAGCAUUUGGUUUCAGCAUACUUGUUGUCUCAAAGUAUUUCUCAUGGUAUUCUGUUGAGAAAAGUACCUUUUGUUCAAUAUUUGUACUUCCUUGACCAGGUUGGUAUUGCAAUGUCUCCAUUGUCUAACAACGCUUUGUUCUUGACUUACGACAAGAAUCCUUUCCCACACUAUUUCAAGAGAGGAUUGAAUGUUUCGUUGUCUACGGAUGAUCCAUUGCAAUUUUCUUACACUAGGGAACCUUUAAUUGAAGAGUAUUCUGUAGCUGCACAAAUCUAUAAGCUUUCCAAUGUUGACAUGUGUGAGCUAGCUAGAAACUCUGUUCUACAGAGUGGUUGGGAAGCUCAAAUUAAGAAGCAUUGGAUUGGUAAGGAUUACGAACUGCCAGGUGUUGAAGGUAAUGAUGUCGGAAAGACAAAUGUUCCAAAUAUUAGAAUUAAUUACAGGUACGAUACUUUGGCAACCGAAUUGGAACUAGUUAACCACUUUGCUAAUUUCAACAAAGAUUAA